AUGGCCGGACCUCCUCCGCCACCUCCUCCAAUGAUGGGUAUGGGCUCCGGUGCUCCCAAACCGCCAUCGAUGGCGCCCAAUCCCGGGGCCGGCGGGAGAGAUGCCUUGCUAAGCGAUAUCCGCAAGGGCUCUCGGCUGAAAAAGGCUGAAACCAACGAUAGAAGUGGUCCAAGGGUAGGCGGCGGCGUGGUGGGUGAGUCCCAUGCUUCUCACUCAGGCAUGCCCGCCGCUGGAGCGUCGGGAAAGUCUGGACCCGCACUUUCGGCUCCUCCGGUUCCAACUGGAAUGGCGCCCCAAUUGAGCGACAUCCUUGCCGGUGGGCUCCCCAAACUUCGAUCAACUAGCGGUGGAACUACCGCGCCGCCAAGUGGCCCAACUCCCCCUGUUCCAGCACCUUCAAGUGGGUUCGCUCCCCCGCUUCCGGGCUCUGCUCCACCGAUUCCGGGCUCUGCUCCACCUUUGCCUGGCUCGGCCCCCCCUGCUGCCAUUCCCGCUGUUCCUAAAGCUCCGUCGUCUCGACCCCAUAUGCCUGUUUCCAGACCUACGAAAAGAGGUACGCAUGCCGCAACUUCUUUGGCUCCGAACACGGCCGCACCUCCUGUUCCCUCAGUUAAAGCACCUGGCGCGCCGGCUAUUCCCAAAGCUUCAGCGCCGCCAGCGCCGCCAGCACCACCAAUUUCAUCUGCCCCUCCAGCACCACCGGCACCACCAAUUUCAUCUGCCCCUCCAGCACCACCGGCACCACCAAUUUCAUCUGCCCCUCCAGCACCGCCGGCACCACCAAUUUCAUCUGCCCCUCCAGCGCCUAAAGCACCAUCGACACCAAGAGCUGCUCCUCCUUCAUCCGGCGGUCUCCCAUUUCUUGCUGAAAUCCAGAAGAAACGCGACGAUCGUUUUGUUGUCGGCGAGAAUCAGAACUAUUCGACCAAAGUCGAACAAGCAACGAGUUCGGAGCCAGUGAAUGCUACUAAGCUCCCGGAAGCUCCAAAGCCACCUACUUCGGGCCCCGGAAUGUCGUUUUUGGAUGAGAUGAAUUCAAAAUUGAACCACAGCACCCCUUCCACGGCGGCGCCGCCUCUCCCAAGUGGUGGUGCUCCUCCUAUUCCCGGCAUUGGUUUCUCUGGUGUCCCUGGCACCCCAAAUACGUCCUCAUCCAACCCAACAAUACCUCCUUUGCCUCCCACAUCAGCACCAAAAGCACCUAUGGUCUCGACUGCACCUCCUAUGCCUCUUUCUUCUGCACCAAGUGCUCCUGCAGCUCCUCCACUUCCUCAAAGUGCUCAGCCUAGUGCUCCAAUACCUCCACCACCUCCUCUAGUGCCGCAUUCAUUGCCCGGCAAAUCGAGCGCGCCGCAGACUCCUGCCCCACCGCCUUCUGUUGGAGGUGGCUUACCAUUUCUAGCUGAAAUUGAGCGGAAGAGGGAUGAUUCACAUGUUGUCGAUGGUUCAGGAGGCUCGACAUCAAACGUUUCCACACCAGUAGCCUCGACGAGGGCAACAGCACCUACAAUGCCCGCAACAAUGGCGCCUGCAAUUCCAACGACUGGUGCGCCUCCUGUACCUAGUGCUCCAGCGCCACCAUCAGUUACUCGCACUCCAAUCCCACCUCCACCUCCAAUUGCUAAUACGUCUAACGUAGUGACAGAUGAUACAUCGGGCUCAAGUUCAAGGCUUCCACCUCCCCCACCGCCCCCAGGAGCCCCGGCAGUAAGGACCAACAACUCUCAUAAGCAACGGUUAUUUUCUUCACAAAAUGCUGUUCCCUCCACUCAUGCCUCAAAUCCUCACACGAACCAACCCGAACUCGAAACUAACAAUUUCACAAUUAGUGGAAGCUCCACAACUACAGGUGUUAAAUUGGAUCGGGCCAAAGUAUCGAUUGAUGACAGUCGAUUCAAAUGGACCAAUAGUUCCCAGUUGCCCAAACCUAGACUAUUUUCAAGCAAAACGAAACUUUAUCCAAGUGGAAGAGGAAGCAGUGUACCUCUAGAUCUGAGUCUCUACGCUUAG